CUCUAUAUGAAUUAACUUUUCGAACUAGGUUGAAUAGACAUGGGCAAAACUAUGGCAAUAGGGAGGUUUUGGGAAACCAAUUUAUUGGACAAAUCAUCACGUGUACCUAUAUAUAGUAUUGGAACAGUUUUUUCCCUACUAGUUUAUCAAUUUUAUUAUAUAUGAUAAUGAUAUGAGAUGAUGAUUUAAUAUAACUUUAAGAAAUUAAAAAAAAACUAUAGAAUAGUAUGUUGGAUGAAAAACAUGGAAAAGAUACAACUAUACUAUUAUUUGUUUUUACUUGUUGUUGUAGCAGACCAUGCAGCAGCUAGUACACAAGUGAAGUUUCUUCCAGGUUUUGAAGGACCACUUCCUUUUCAACUCGAAACUGGGUAUGUCGGAGUUGGUGAUUCAGAAAUUGUGCAAUUAUUCUAUUAUUUUAUAGAGUCGGAGUCUGAUCCAGACUCCGACCCUCUUAUGCUUUGGAUCACUGGAGGCCCUGGUUGCUCUGCUUUAUCUGGCCUUAUCUAUGAGAUAGGACCAAUAACAUUUGAACCAGUAGAAUACAAUGGGAGUUUUCCUAAAAUGAUACUAAAUCCCUACUCAUGGACAAAGGUGUCAAGUAUUAUUUUCUUAGACUUAUCGGUGGGAACUGGAUUUUCCUAUGCAACGACUCUAGCAGCUCGACAAUCAUCUGAUUUACAAGCGAGUGAUCAUGCAUAUCAGUUCCUUCGCAAGUGGUUUGUCGAUCAUCCAGAAUUCUUAAAGAAUCCAUUUUAUGUUGGUGGAGAUUCAUAUUCAGGCAUUGUUGUUCCCAUCAUUACUCAAAUUAUAGCAAUUAAGAAUGAAAUGGAAGUCGAACUAUUUAUUAAUCUUAAGGGAUAUUUACUCGGAAAUCCAGUGACUUUUAAAGAUCAUGAAGACGAUUAUAAAAUUCCAUUUGCUUAUGGAAUGGGACUUAUAUCUGAAGAACUCUAUGAGUCGUUGAAAUCUAGUUGUAAAGGAGAGUAUUUCAAUAUUAAUGCAAGCAAUGCACCGUGUUUGCAAGAUGUUCAAACUUUUAACGAGCUUCUUAAAGGAAUUUAUAAAGCCCAUAUUUUGGAGCCCAAAUGUAAGCGUUUUUCGCCAAGGCCACACCAAUUGUUUGGCGAAAGAAGAUCUCUACAUCAACUUAACAAUCUUCCUGGACUUAUAAAAUGUCGCGAAAAUUGGUACAAACAUUCUUAUCAUUGGGCUGAUGAUGAUCAAGUUAGAGACGCCCUCAACAUCCGAAAGAGGAGUACUGGAAAAUGGAAGAGAUGUGAAAGUAAUUUGCAAUACAAUAGGAUGGUCAUGAGUAGCAUACCAUAUCAUAAAAACCUCAGUAGUAAAGGUUACAGAUCUCUUAUAUACAGUGGAGAUCAUGACAUGAUUGUCACUUUUCCAUCAACUCAAGCAUGGAUAAAAUCUCUUAACUACUCAAUAGUCGAUGAUUGGCGAGCUUGGACUGUUGACAAUCAAGUUGCCCGUUACACAAGAAGUUACUCAAAUCAGAUGACAUUUGCAACAGUGAAGGGAGCAGGGCAUACUGCACCAGAAUAUAAACCUCGUGAAUGUCUGGCCAUGCUCACAAGGUGGAUGUCUUACCAGCUUUUAAUGAUAAAUAUGGCAAAAACAGAGCUAUGCUACUGCUUAUUUUUAUUUCUUGUUGUAGCAGAGCUCGCAGCAGCAACUGGUUCAACAGUGAAGUUUCUUCCUGGUUUUCAGGGACAACUUCCUUUUGAACUUGAAACUGGGUAUGUUGGAGUUGGUGAUUCAGAAAAUGUGCAAUUAUUCUAUUAUUUCAUAGAGUCGGAGUCUGAGCCAGACUCCGACCCUCUUAUGCUUUGGAUCACUGGAGGCCCUGGUUGCUCUGCUUUAUCUGGCCUUGUCUAUGAGAUGGGACCAAUAACAUUUGAGGCAGUUGAAUACAAUGGGAGUUUCCCUACAAUGAUACUAAAUCCCUACUCAUGGACAAAGGUGUCAAGUAUUAUUUUCUUAGACUUACCGGUGGGAACUGGAUUUUCCUACGCAACAACUCCAGCAGCUUUACAAUCAUCUGAUUUACAAGCGAGCGAGCAUGCAUAUCAGUUCCUUCGCAAGUGGUUUGUUGAUCACCAAGAAUUCUUAGAGAAUCCAUUUUAUGUUGGUGGAGAUUCAUGUUCUGGCAUGAUUGUUCCCGUCAUUACUCAAAUCGUAGCAAUUAAGAAUGAAAUAAUGGAAGUCGAACUAUUUAUUAAUCUUAAGGGAUAUUUACUUGGAAAUCCAACGACUUUUGAAGGUGAAACCAAUUAUAGAAUUCCAUUUGCUUAUGGAAUGGGACUUAUUUCUGAUGAACUCUAUGAGUCGUUGAAAUCGAAUUGUAAAGGAGAGUAUUUCAAUAUGAAUGCAAGCAAUGUGCCGUGUUUGCAAGAUGUUCAAACUUUUAACGAGCUUCUUAAAGGAAUUAAUAAUCCCCAUAUUUUGGAGCCCAAAUGUAAGCGUUUUUCGCCAAGGCCACACACAUUGUUUGGCGAAAGAAGAUCUCUACAUCAACUUAACAAUCUUCGUGGACUUAUAAAAUGUCGCGAGAAUUGGUACAAACAUUCUUAUCAUUGGGCUGAUGAUGAUCAAGUUAGAGACGCCCUCAACAUCCGGAAGGGGACUAUCGGAAAAUGGGAGAGAUGUGCAAGUAAUUUGCAAUACCAAAUGAUGAUCACUAAUAGCUUACCUUAUCAUAAGAACCUCAGUAACAAAGGUUACAGAUCUCUUAUAUACAGUGGAGAUCAUGACAAACUUGUUACUUUCCAAUCAACUCAAGCAUGGAUCAAAUCUCUUAACUACUCUGUUGUCGAUGAUUGGCGAGCUUGGACUGUUGACAAUGAAGUUGCCGGCUACACAAGAAGUUACUCAAAUCAGAUGACAUUUGCCACAGUGAAGGGAGCAGGGCAUACUGCACCAGAGUAUAAGCCUCGUGAAUGUCUAGCCAUGCUCACAAGAUGGAUGUCUCAUCAGCCUUUGUAAUCAACAAAUGUAUUACAAUUGUUUAAUCGUGUGAGAUCGCUCACUCAUAUUAUUGGUCUUAAGUUCGAAUAAAUAAAAAGAAGACUGUCAAGAGUUAAUAGAAAACAAUUUUCUGUAACUUAUAAAGAUAGGAAGAAGACUGCGUUAGUACAUCUUAUCCUUCCAAAUACGGAAUUAAACAAAAUUUACUGUUUGGUCUAAGUUUAUAUUUAUUAAUUAUUUUUUAUUAAUGUACGUCAAUGUCCAGUCACCUCGAAAUGAUUGAUGAGUCAAUUGUAUGAAUAUCGCAAAUACUCUAUCUGUUUAAUAAAGGAUGACCUAGUUUGAUUUAGAACGAA